AGGGCAGAGCAGUGGUGACCUGCAGACAGAGACCAGACUGGACAUGAGUUCACAAACAUGGAGACCACAGUGCUGGCUUUGAUGCUUUGUUUGGUGAUGACUUCUUUUUCAAUGGAGUCUUUCUCAAUUCCCCUGAGUAUGAUGGACAAAUCGGUUGACGACAUGUACGACGGCUGCAGUGAGGCAAUGGCUGAAAGGGUCAAUCAUACUUACUUCCCCAGAGAAAUGAAGAAGAAUCAGCUAUUCAAAGAGGCGUGGAAUAAAAUGGAGUCUUGUGCAAAUAACAAAUACAACAGAAGAACGAACAUGGCCCUGACCAAAGAUCAGGUCCAUGCUUUAGGCGUCUACACUGGAGAUGACGUCUAUGGAGAGUUUAACGCUGCGGUUCGAGUCAGUGCUGACAAAUACGUCUCUAAUUCUUUCAAAUAUCACGCUUUAUACUACUGGCUCGUUUCUGCUUUACAGACACUUAAUAAUAACAAAAUAUGCCGUACCACCUACAGGAGAAGCGAACAUACAUUUACAGGUCAGCUCAACCAAGAAAUACGUUUUGGUCAAUUUGCCUCCUCUUCACUCAGGCCCGAUGUGGUAGAAUUUGGUGACGAGACUUGCUUUCAAAUUGAGACCUGCUUAGGUGCUCCCAUCAAUGAAUAUUCGUGCUUUAGUAAUGAGGAUGAGGUGUUAAUCCCUCCCUAUGAGAAGUUCAAGAUCAUUGAUAUUAAGCACUGCUCCUAUCAACGAUUGGAAGACUGUAAAAAGAUCUUUGUUCUGAAGCAUGUGGGGACCAAGACUAAACUCAACUGCAAGGCCGCAUAUAUGAAAAAGUUGUUCAAUAACAUAAGAAAAGAAAUUGAAAAUAUUUUUAACUCAGUUCGAAAUUUUUUUUCCUGACUGUCAGCAUAAUGUUUGUACAGGAGUUAGCUGGAACC